UAUGGGGCUUAUAAAUGGUAGCUGGUUCCAGCCACCUGCUCUCCCUCUAACAGGCAUUCCUGGACUGGAAGCUGUACAGAUAUGGAUCUCAGUCCCACUGUGUGUCAUGUACCUAACUGCCCUCCUAGGGAACGGCACCAUCCUCUUUGUGAUCAAAAGCACCUCCAGCCUUCAUGAGCCUCAGUACAUCUUUCUGUCUAUGCUGGCAGCCACAGAUGUCGGUCUGUCUUUAUCAACUCUAGCCGCAGUACUUAGUGUCUUCCUCCUGAAUCACAGAGAGACUGAGUUCCACCCUUGCCUAACGCAGAUGUUCUUCAUCCACACCUUCUCCUCCAUGGAGUCAGCCAUCCUGCUGGCCAUGGCCUUUGAUCGAUUUGUAGCUAUUUGCAACCCGCUGCACUAUGCUGGGGUCUUAACUCCUCCUCUGAUUACUGGGAUAGGGCUUGCAGCCAUGGUUAGGGGUGUGGUACUGAUGGCACCUUUGCCAAUUCUGCUGAAGCGAUUGCCCUUCUGCAAGGAUGUCACUCUAUCGCACUGUUACUGCUACCACCCAGAUGUUAUGAAGCUGGCUUGUGGCCCUAUCAGAGUCAACAUCAUCUAUGGGUUGUCCCUUGUCCUCUGCUCCUUUGGAGUUGACUCUCUGUUCAUCAUCAUUUCAUACAUUCUGAUUUUAAAAACAGUGCUGGGCAUUGCCUCCAAAGAUGAUCAGCUUAAGGCACUUAAUACGUGUGUUUCCCACAUUUUCACAGUCUGUAUCUUUUAUGUGCCACUCAUUGUGCUGGGUCUAAUUCAUAGGUUUGGUACUUUCACAUCUCCUCUUCUCCAUGUCACCACGGCUAGCCUCUUCCUCUUCUUGACCCCUAUCCUUAACCCCUUGGUUUAUAGCCUAAAAACCAAACAGUUAAGAUCUGUGGUGCACAAGAUAUUCAAGGGUAGGGGAAAUUUGCUUAAGUAAUCAAGGAUGUGUUAUA